AGAAGAAGGUGCACCAUGGACCCGGGGAAGCCCAGCUUCCUGGCUCAGCCCGUGGUGAAGAACAUCUUCGUAUAUCGGAACGGAGACCCGUUUUACGAAGGCCGGCGCCUGGUGAUCAACGAGAAGAGGGUCUCCAGUUUCGAGACGUUUCUGAAGGAGGUCACGGGGGGAGUUCAGGCUCCUUUCGGGGCCGUGAGGAACAUCUACACCCCCGGAGGAGGACAUCGGGUCUCCUCCAUGGAGCACAUCCGCAGCGGGGAGCGAUACGUGGCCGCAGGACGGGAGAGGUUCAAGAAGCUCGAUUAUUCCCAGAUUGGAUCCAAAAAGAAAGGCCUCCAUCAGAAUACUUCAGGACAGGUGAAACGGGUGCCCCACGGUCGAGUAAUUGCAUCAGCAAGGUUCCUGAAGCCCAUAAAAGAGCCCUGUCUGAUUUUUGUCGUAGCCAAUGGAGACGUCCUGAACCCGGCCGUCCGGCUCCUCAUACCCCAGCGCACGCUGGGUCAGUUUGAGCGCGUGCUGGAGAUGAUCACGGAGAAGAUGAGUCUGCGGGUCCUCGGGGGGGUACACAGCCUCUACACUUUUAAUGGAACCCUCAUCAGUGAUGGAAAGGAACUAGAGAAUGGACAGUUCUAUGUAGCUGUUGGCCGUGAGAAGUUCAAAAAACUUCCUUACAGCGAUCUGAUUUUUGCCAAACCAGCAAUGAGAAGAUUUAUUGGAUCUAAAGCCUCACUACCUCCUAUUUAUGGAAUCAAAAAACAGAAUGACACAGGUAGGCAUCAGAGUAAAUCGAUGGCAGGAUGCAACGUCUCCAAGGCGUCUCCGACCACCCAAGGGAGCAAGGAGGCCCGGUCUGAGGAGCAGCUGAUGAUGCUGAGACCAAAGAAGAGUGGCCUGACCAUGUCGUUCGGGGCACAGGACGUCGAGGACGGAGGCCAGGGAGACGAUGAAAGCAGCGCUGAUCGUGACACGCAGCUGGAGGAGGGCUGGAACGGUCAAUUACCAAUCGAACAGAACCAGACAGAGGAGGAUGGACUCGAGGAAACCACAGAGGGAGACAAGGUUGGAGAGGAAGAGAUAAGCCAGGAAGGAAGAAGUAACCUUCUAUCUGUGGCCAAUGGAAUCAAAGUUCAGGAUAGUCCUGAAGCCAAAGGAAAUGAGGAGAAAAGUGAAGAGGAUGAUGAUGCACCUUCUUCCUCAGUGGAUGGAAAGUUGGAGAAUACAGAGGAGACAGCAGAUGGAUCUGGUUUGGAAGACAACUCUGAUAAUGUUCUCAGUGAUGAGAAGCAGGAGGUGAUAUGGGGCAGCAGCCAAGAAGAAGCUGAACUGAAUGGACUAGAAGAGAGGAGUGAGGAUGAAGAGGAAGACAGAUCAUUAGAAGAUGCUGAUGGAGGUGAAGGUGGAACACAGCAUGCUGAAGGAGAGACAGGGGAAAACUAAGAAUGAACUUCUGGAAAUCAAUUAAUGCACAUAGGAGCGAAAGUGGAUUUCAGUGAAAUGAACAGAAAAAAAGACGUUGCUGAGAUACAUAGCAAACAUUUUAUUAGACAUUUUAAAUAACGAGAAUUGCAGUGUAAAAGAAGAGUGAAAACAUGGGUUUUAAAAAAAAUCAAACAAGAAUAGCUUAGUCUGGAGAGAUUUACUACAGAAUGAAGAAGAAAUUUACAUUCUUACUGGCCAAACAGAUUAUAGGACUCUAAUAGAAACAUAGGACUAGAAAUAUAUUUUUUGCACAAAGAAUAAUUAUU